AUGAUACUCAUGGAAAACCAGACAUUUUAUACAGACUUUUAUAUUGUAGUGUUUUCAACUACCGGUGGGAAGCAAAUUCUUUUGUUUUUCCUAUUUGGGAUUUUAUACUUGGUCUGUGUUCUAUGGAACAUGAUAAUAGUUAUUAUGAUCUACUUUGAUCACCAUUUACACAUUCCCAUGUAUUUUCUUCUGUGCAACUUGUCAUUCAUUGAUGCGUUGUACAGCUCGGUGACACUGCCAAAACUAAUGGAGAUAUUACUCUCUGGCAACAAUAGAGUUUCAUUCACUGCCUGCUUUGCUCAGUUGUUCUUCUUUUCAUCCAUGAUUUCUACAGAAAUCUUCUUGCUAACUGCAAUGGCAUUUGAUCGUUAUGUUGCUAUCUGUAACCCUUUACAUUAUACCAUGCUUAUGAAGAAGAGAAACUGUAUCAUACUUAUAGCAAGCAGUUGGGCUGCUGGUUAUUCAAAUUCACUCUUUGGCACAAUAUUUUCAUCAUAUCUAUCCUUCUGUGGCUCUAACACCAUUAAUCAGCUAUUUUGUGACAUCAAGGUUCUUAUGAAGAUUUCUUGCGGUGAGACUGAGCGAUUCCAAGCUUUGAUAUUCGUUGAAGCUAUUACAUUGGGCCUAUGUCCAUUCUUAGUUAUCAUAAUGUCCUAUGGAAAAAUAUUAUCUAACAUUCUAAAGAUUAACACGACAAAGAAAAGAAAUAAAACAUUCUCGACCUGCUCAUCUCAUCUCACAGUCCUUUUCUUGUUUUAUGGCACUGUCAUCUGUAUGUAUAUGAGGCCACCAUCAGCAAACUCGGAGAACUUGGACCACAUCUUGUCGGUGUUCUAUUUAGUAGUGACUCCCACGUUAAAUCCUUUCAUAUACAGCAUGCGGAACAAAGAGAUAAAAAAUGCUUCUGUGAAGAUGUUAACAUGCAAAAGAACACUAAAAUGUAUCCAUACUUCAUGA